ACAAACAUAUUUAUAUACAAUAAAGCCUUUGGGUUACAACGGAGUGCAAACAACUUUCAUGCAAAAACGUAUAUAAAGAAGAAAAAAAAAAUUACUAAAGAAAUAUAAGAAAAUAAUAAAAAUAAAAAAAAAGGGAAAAAAUUUUAUGUACAAAAAGAGGAGAAGAUUAAAUAAGGCCCCUGGCUUUUGAAAAGUAUUUAUACCCAAAUAAUUAUCGCACAAUCCAUACACGCUUCGCCAUGAAAUUGCUAAUCACCAUUUUUGCUGUUAUCGCUUCACUAGCUUUGGUUGCAGGUCAACGUUAUUUCGGUCAUGGGCCAUCUAGACAAUUUAAUUAUAAUUCAAUAGAUUUCCCCGCAGCAAAUAGUAUAAGAGAUCCUCGCCAAAAUAGAGGUCCCGUCGUAUUUCCACCCUCACCUCCGGAUGCGAUUGAAGAAUCCAGCGGUGUUAUUGUUGGUGCUUCCGGUUUCGGUUUUGUACCGCCCCAACAAAAUAACAUUCACUAUACGACAACGGCAUUGCGAGCGCCUUCUAUCAAUUCGUUUACGGAGUUUAAUUAUUACACCGUUCCGUAUAUACAACGGUUAAAUUUUAUAUAAAGUUUUAAUUAAGUUAAUGGUUAAUAACACACACACACACACACACACACA